UUUGUGACGAGGCUACUUCGCCGCGUCUGUCCUAAAGGGGACAUGCCGUAAUGGCAAGAGAGGAGGCACGCGGAAAGAGACCUUUUAAAAUAUGGGAUAGUUGGCGAAAUGUCCGUAAAGGUCUCGUAGUUAAUAGUUUUGAAGAAUUACUUCUUCGUGGUAAAGAAAAAUUAGGUGUGCCGGUGGGCGAGCCAGUUCGUCUUGUGCUCGAUUCAGACGGCACCCAAGUAGAAGACGGUGAAUAUUUUCGAACUUUACCAAAUAAUACAGUCCUUUUAUUGCUACGACCUGGGGAACGUUGGUUUCCCACUGGUGUCGAUGUUAUACGUGCUGCAAUAUCUGCUAUUCCAAAAAUCGUAUGCGAAACAAUUCACGCUUUAGAAUUACAUGAUGAAACACCAUCGUGGAAAAUCAUGGACAACAAAGGACGUGUCACUGUGGUACUUCACUGGGACCAACGACAAGGUCGAGGAGGAGAUCGAGGAUCUAGCGAACCCAGUCCUGGCGGUCCAAAAUUUUCACCAAGUAAGAAGUCAUCCGGUGAAAUGGCAGGUGGUCCGCGUCCAUCUUUAGUCAUCCAGACCAGUCUGGAUAAAAUUCAAGGUAUUCAUGAUUCACCUGGUACUAUAAUAAGUAGUGGCGGUAAAAGGGAGACUUUGAUUAAUGAUAUAUAUGCUGGGGCAGGGGGUAGUGCCACCAGACUUUACACCUCUAGUCCUCAGAUAACUGUGAUAAACCACGAUGAUGUGACACCAGCGAAAGGUGUCACAAGUUCCUAUGGUGUUCACCAUCCUCGACUGCACAAGCAGGGUAGUUCAUUUGAGUCAACGACGAUUCAUAUCCAUACACCAGAAUGUGCCAAUCAUGCGCAUCAUCCAGCAGCCAGAUCUGGUAGUCCAACAAGCAAUGGUGUUGUUGAAUGUGAUUUUCACUGUUGUGCAUUGCAUGAAGAAGGUCGUAAAAUAGCAGUGCAUAAAAGUGUCGCAACAUCACCAAUACAAGAUGCUCAACAACAAACAUCACCACAGCCACCUAGUUCAUUAUCAGAUGGCUCAAAAAAAACUGGGCAGGUCACUAAAGGUACGGGCCAUGUACGUUUUUUGGACGUGGAUGAUGGUGGGAGCAGCGGUAGUGGUGGUCUUAGCCGUCAUUCACAAAACGAACAUGAUAGUUCGGAGAGUGAAACGGAGAAUACAAUUAUGGAAGAUGAAGCAGUCACCUCGGAAAAGUUUUUAUUAUUGAUAGAUCAAUUAAGUGUCGAUCAAAAACGACAUCUAACAAUAAAAGAUAUUGGUAUUAUAUUAGAGCGAUUAAACUCAAAAAUUUUAGAUGUUGAAAAAUUGGAGAGAGAUUAUGAAGCGAAUGAUUGUUAUAAUUGGACGAUAAAAGCAACAAUACGAGGUGAUGUGCUUCGUGAAUUAGGCGUUAUAUACAAUGGUAAUUAUUAUGCUAUAUCAGAACAUCCUGGUUACAAAGAGGAUAGUGAAGAGAACAAUGAAGAAGCUGAAGAAGAAGAAGAAGAAGAUAUUAUUUAAAAACAAAUAAAUUAGAAAAAAUUUUAGGUAUUUAUUAAAAUAUUAAAAAACAAAAUAAAUAAAUAAAAAUGAUUUAAAUUCAAUCAGUUUUACUU